UCAUCUAUUCUCAUUCAACUCUUUCCCUAUUAUUCCUCUUUCACUUACACUCUAAUGGCACGUUCUUACGAAAAGCCUGCCUAUUCCUCCAUCGACGACAAUGAGAAGCAUCGAGAAUUCGACCGCGACAUCCGAGAAAUGGUUUCCACCCUCACCAGUCGCUUGGGAUUGCUUCGAAAAGGAGGUUCCGCCGCCCAAAACCAUGAACUUGUUGACGACCAAGGCUCAAGCGUCAUCACACUUGCGGGAACCAACACCGGAGCCACCAUGCGAGCAGAACUGAAUGGGAAAACGAUGACGAAGCUUGAUCAGGACACAGGUGUGGACGAGAGCGAGUCCCUCACCUCCUACAUUAACAGCAACUUCCAAGCCAUUAACAACUCCAUCAUGUUUGGAGGAAGCUACACAGGGAAUGACCCUGGAGUUCACAUGGAGUAUACCUCUGAUCUCCAUGAAGAAGGCCAUAAGGCUGAGAAAGGAGGGGCUAAAGGCAAGAAAAUUGGGAAGGAUAAUGCUGAAUCCGGUGGCUCGUGGUUUUCAAAGGAAUGAUUUUUUUUUUUUUUGGGGGGGAGGGGGGAAUUAAGAAGUAAUCAUAAUAUAUAUUUAUAUAUAUAUAUGUCAAUGUUUUAUUAUAUGAUCCAUAAAAUGUUAUGCCAUAUAAGUACUAAAGAAUAUUGAGGUGGUUUCUAUCGGGAGCUUUUCCAAUUCUUGAAGCUUAAUAAACGGAUUUCGUGUAUUGCUCUUUUCUUAGACCUUACGUUAAUUCUUUGCAAUGUUAGCUUGAAAUUUAGACAAUUGUUUGAAUGUAAAAGGUAAUUCAUACACACGUAAUGGCACAAACAUCACUCAAACUUGUUUUAUAUCCAUGUUUUGAAGUAGUUUUGAAUACAAAGAAGGUGAUUUUUAUGGUAGUUAA